AAUCUAACAUAUUGCAGUUAAGCUAUCAAUGUUAAUUUUAUUAAGUAUUGUUCUGAAGAGUAUCAAACACAUAUACAAUUAAUUGAAACAGUUUAUUAGACAUUCUAGUACAAUGAUAAAUCCAUUAAUUGCGGUAUGUCAGAUGACUUCAACAAGUGAUAAAGAAAAAAAUUUUCAAACUGUAUGUGAACUCGUGUCAAAAGCUAAAUCUAGAUCAGCUUGUGUAACCUUCUUUCCUGAAGCAUGUGAUUACAUAGCAGAUAGUAAAAAAGAUGCAGUAUCUAUGGCACAGCCUUUAGAUGGACCAUUGAUAACCAGUUACAAAGAAAUUGCAAAAAAUAAUGAUAUGUGGCUAUCAUUGGGUGGUAUCCAUGAAGCAUUACCUAACAACGAAAAAUGUGUGAGUAAUACUCAUAUCGUAAUAAGUAAUAAGGGUGAAAUUGCUGGAGUUUAUCGUAAAAUGCAUUUAUUUGAUAUGGACAAUAAAAGAACUGGUGUUCGAUUAAUGGAAUCAGAGUAUGUUUUGCCUGGACAAAAAAUUGAACCCCCUAUAGUAACACCAAUUGGUAAAUUAGCACUUAGCAUUUGUUAUGAUUUGCGUUUUCCUGAAUUAGCUCUUGCAUUGAGAAAUAUGGGAGCAGAAAUUCUCACAUAUCCAUCAGCAUUUACAUAUCAAACAGGUGCUGCACAUUGGGAAGUAUUAUUACGUGCUAGAGCCAUAGAAACACAAUGUUAUGUUGUAGCUGCAGCUCAAACAGGGGCACACAAUAAGAAAAGAGUGAGCUGGGGCCAUGCAAUUGUUAUUGAUCCAUGGGGAACAAUAGUAGCCCAGUGCAGUGAUAAAACUGAUAUAGCUUUUGCAGAAAUUGAUUUAAACUUCUUAGAACAAGUUAGAGAAAACAUGCCAUGUGAAAAUCAUCGUCGAACAGAUUUAUAUCCUAAAUUAGAACCCUUAAAACCUGUAGUAUAAAUUAUGUAUAGAUAUAAUUAUACAAAUUUUUUAUUUACUAAUGGUAAUAAAAUGAUAGUAAAUGUAUUUUUCAUACGAGCAAAUGCUCGUACUCGUUUCACAGUAAACAACAUAAUUAUUUAAAAUUAUAUAAAAAAUACACAGGAUUCUUUUUUAAUAUGUACAU